AUGUUUAUCGUCGGUGAAACCUAUCGAUUCCAAAAUGUGGAAUACGGCACUCUUCUGGAGAUGGGCGAGGGAAGAGAGAACGCGCCUUUCACUCUGAGAGUGGCGAAGGAAGCGUCAGAGAACCAGCAGUGGUCCCUCAUUGAUGCUCCAAAGCCUGGAGGCUACCAUCUCCGCAACGUGGGCUGGUCGGGUGCUGGGGAUGGGACAGCAGGUAAUCGAGUCAUGGCUUACCAGGUCCUUGGAGGAGGUCAUCAAGUAUGGGUGACGUAUGAUGCAAAUCGAGCGUUGCAAUGGACGGUCGAUCGAGACGCAACAAAGGACGAAUACAUUAUCCGAUUCAAUCUAUCUGUUGGUACAUGGUUCUUCCUCGGUGCACGCAGCAGUGAAGCGCCUGUUUGUUUCCACGACAUCACUUCUACAGCCCAAACUGCACCAAGUCACCUGAGAUGGAAGUUCACGGCAGUAUGGCCGUCUAUCCCGCGAGAUGUCUACUUCAUCCGCAGCUUCGGCGGCCUUGGGCUGUAUAUGGCUGUGGCUGGGCAGCCACUUCAAGAGCCAUCCAAAGCACCGCCCCUGUACGAGGACGAAGAAAACCUGAUCUUCACAAUGAGUGCAAACCGAAACAACACAGAGCAUCAGCCUUGGGACGUAGAACCGCUCUCAAAUGGCAGAGUUCGUUUGCGAAAUGUGCAGAUGGACAGCUUCCUUGAGACACAAAGGAAUGAAGUCACCUAUGGAGACCUAGUCGGGAAGCUGAACGCAAGUGCCGGGGCUGCCUGGCAGCUCAGAAGUAUAGGAGGUUUCGGCUUUUCAAUUAGCAUUAGUUCCCCCGAGGUGACGAAUGUCCCUCUAGCGUUAACUGUGGUACCCCGCAACGGAAGGAACCAAGUUUUUCUCUCGCCCUUAACUCUCGAAAUCAGCUUUGGACCUUUGACCCUCUCGAGCUUCCUGUUCGACACCUCGUUGGAGUAG